GGGCCCCACCUGCAGAUGCCCAGGAUGUCCAGAGAUCAGGGCCAUGGUGAUGUCCAUUCCCAGGAGUAUCCUGGCAGCUUCCAAGGCAUGAGAUUCCACUAUGAGCGCAACCCGGAGGCAGACAUGGUGGCAGAAAUUGGCCUGGAAGAGCUCAAUGGGCUGGAGAUGGAAGUCAUGAGAAGACAGCUGAGUGUGAUCACUGCGCGUUUGCGUGCCCUGGAGGACCAGGGCACCACCUGGCGCCACAGGGAUGCUCUGUUCUUCACCAUGCUGGUGUCGGCCUGCGCCGUCAACGUGUGGCUGUGGAUGCGCCAGUGA